AUGUUUUUCUUGGUUGCAAGGACGAGGAACUUGAAGCCCGAUAAUUUAUACAAUGAGAGAUCGGGAGGAUUCGAGAAGUCAUCUCGAAUUUUGAUGUUUUUUACAGCGAAAGGUCGGGACAACCGGUUGGAUAACCCGGUGAGUUAUUUUACGCUCCAAGGUUUGCGACGAGAGGUCGGGAAAUUCGAAGAGUUGUUGCAAGCUCUAUUAUUUUUCGAAGAAAGGAUGGGGAGACCUGGCAAGGUGUGUCGCACCACAGUUAUUACCAAAGCGCGAAAGGAAGGAUACGGGUAUUUACCAAGGUGUCGGGAGAGCCCGACGAAGGCUUGGACAUUUUAUAACAAGAAGUCCGGAGAGUCCAACGACGAAUUUCGGGACGACCCGAGGAAUUAUUACAAUGCUCCAAUAUUCUCUCACGACCCGAAAGGAUGGGGCAAAGGGACCUGUUCGGAUGCGCCGAUAGGAUCCCGCACCCCAUAUAUAAUUCGUUUCUACGAUUUUGGUGUGCGAAGUCCCAUGUUGCAGUUUAGCAUUCGAAGACAGUCCAUUGGCGGAGGAUCGGGUUCGCGUAGCUCAGAUGACCUCAGUCUUUCCCGGACGGAUCUCCACCACACCUUAAGGAACACCUAA